AUGAUUAUUUUAAAUUCUUUACAAGAACUCUACAUAUCUAUCAUCCACAAACACAUCGAUUUAUCAAAAAUAAUCAAUAUCGUUAUAAAAAAAACCUUUGAUAUACAUCGUCGUGCUAUUCAUUACAAUGUUGGUGAUUAUGUUCUUAAACGUCUUACAGGUUUUCCUUCAAAAUUAUCAGCACUAUAUUCUCAUUCGAUGAUCAUCAUUAAACAACGACAUCCAACAUAUUUUAUUCAAGACCCAAAUGAUGAAAAAUUAUUCCAAGUACAUGUUUCUCAAUUACGUCCAAUUAAUUUUGAUCGAUUUGAUACCUAA